CAGCAACCGGCGUAUCCAGUGUUAACAAACGUCAAACGUCCAUUUUAUAUUCCGUUUUUGCAUCGAAGAGUUGCAAAAUUUCCGUGGAAAUUUCUCAACUUUUCUUUUGUGCUAAUUUUGCGGAAUAUUUGAAGUGUUAUAAACAGUUUUUAGAUAUAAGUUUAUUUUUUAGCGUUUUUAGGUUUUUUUAGUGAUUAAUAAUUCAUACAUUUAUUAGAGGUGCAAUUGCUCUGGUGCAGUGACAAAGCAAGCAAGGAAAGUUUUUAGAAAAAUUGGUCUCAUUGCAUCAUAUUGCAUCAGUGUUCGUUUUUCAUAGUCCUAUUCUACAAAAUCAAAGAUGCCAAAAAUGAGUAAAAAGUCCGCUAAGACGAAAAAUAUCCAGCAAAAAAAAAAAUAUUUAGCCAAAAAGUUGGAAAAUACAGAAAGCGGUAACAAAGGGGAAAAUUUACAAAAUACUAGUAAACAAGUACAUGUGCAACACAAGUUGCCCAUAAACAAGAUCUCAGAGGAUAGUACAAGUAAGGUAAAAUUCAAUGAAGUUGUAAUAGAGUCUAAUAAGCGAAAGUCAUUGACGGUUAUUGACAACAAUGAAGUAUUGUCAUCAAAAACUGUUAAUCAUAAAAAACAAAAAGUUAUUGAUUCUUUUCAAAAGUUAUCCCAUACAGGUGAAAUUCAGAAUAGUGAAAAAAUGCAGGAAGACACUACAAUCAAUCAUCCAACCAAGUUUGAACUAGCAUUAAGAGAAGGCCCCACCAUUGUUUGCAGUUGUUGUUUGAGAUUAUGGUUUCCCACUUCAUGUACAAAAAUAAAUCUACAAUUGCUAAAAAACAAAUUUGGAAACCAAUUCAUUACACAAAUUUGCAAUGAUGGGGUUUUCUUUUGCAAGUCUUGCUCAUCAAAUAUUUAUAAAGGACAAUUGCCAAAGUUCUGGUCCGGCAAUCAUAAUAUUGUUCACCCUAUACCAGUUGAGCUAAAAGAUCUGACUAUCCUUGAAGAAAGGAUGGUGUCGGCCAGGUUACCUUUCAUGCAAAUCCGACAGGUAGGAUAUGCACGACAGUGUUACAUAACUGGCCAAAUAGUCAAUGUCCCUAUAAAUAUAGAUACUUCGACCAAAUUAUUGCCUAGAAAUGUAGAGGAGACACAAACUAUUCAGGUUAAGCUCAAGAGAAAAAUGAACUAUAAAAAUGAUUAUCUCCUGGAAACCAUACGGCCCGCAGUUGUUCUAAAAGCGGCAAAAUUUUUGUGUCAACAACCUCUUUACAUACAAGAAGGCAUAAAGCAAUCAGAUGAUUGGGAAAAAAAUAUUAAUGACUAUAUACGAUCUCAAGUAGAAUCCUCUGCACAGAUCUUAAAUGAAGGCUCAAAAGUGUUGGAACUGGAUUCUAAAACAGUGUGUAGUGAAAAUUUUGAAGAAUUGUUCGAUAAUGCGUUUUUCGAAACAAUGGAAGUGCCCCUAGAAUCUAAGAAUGACGAUAAAAAUAUUCAAAAAGAAUCUUCAAUUGAAAAAAACAAUAUAUACAAUUUAGAGGAAUUCUUAGAUGAAGAAGAAGAGCCUUUAAAUCCUGGGGGCCAAGAAACUUUGCUUGACAAAUGUAACCUAGAAAAUAUCUGUUUUGCCCCAGGAGAAGGUAAAACGCCAAUACAUUUGAUGCUUGACCAGUUUAGCGAUGAACUCUCAUUUCCUACACUUUUCUGUGGACAUGCUAAGCAAUUUCUUACAAAAUUCUCCUAUUCUGACCAGACGAAAAUACUACUCCAGCACAAAGACAGGCGAUUUGCAAGGACAGACUAUCUGUUGUAUACAUUUAAAAAACGUCAACUAAUCCAAUUAUCCAGUGCAAUUGCAACAUGUCUCAGAAAAAAGAGGAAUGAGGAUGGAAAAUAUACAGCUGGACAAGUAAGACAAGCAAAUUUUCUAGACCAGCUGAUUCGAAGUGACAUGGGAUUCCAUUUUCUUAGUAGAAUUGUAGGUUCACCUGCUUAUUGGAAGCACGAAAAGACAAAAUUACUGUGUAUGAUUCGCCAAUUUGGAAUCCCCACACUGUUUUUUACCGUGUCAGCAGCCGAAACAGCAUGGCCCGAAUUAAUCAAGGUAUUAGCACAAGUUGUUGAUCAAAAAGAUGUUACUCUAGAGGAGGCCGCGAGUAUGCCCUACUUAGAAAAAACUCGCUUAAUUAGAACAGAUCCGAUAACUUGUGCCAGAUACUUUGAUUAUCGGUUCAAACUGCUAUUUAAAUAUAUGAAGAGUCAAAAUGGACCCUUUAAACAAAAUCCCAUAGAGCAUCAUUAUUACCGCAUAGAAUUUCAACAUCGUGGGUCUCCUCAUGUUCACGGGUUAUUGUGGUUAUCAAAUGCUCCAAAAUUCCAAGAAACACCAGAAAGUUUCAAAGAGUGUGCCGAAUUCGCGAACAGGUAUAUUACCUGUAAUAGUGAUUUAGAAAGUGUCCGUGAUAUAAUUCAGUUUAAUACGCAUCAUCAUUCUAAAUCGUGUCAAAAAGAAGUGCGGGGAUACAAAGUUUGCAGGUAUGGUAUCCCAUACCUUCCAAUGGAUAAAUCGGUAAUUCUAACGCCAAUAAAAAUUGACAAAACCAAGGAAGCGGAUUUACGUAAGGCCAUGUCUGAAAAGUUUUUAAUGAUAAUGCGUAGGCUUAAGGAUAAACCAGAUUUAUCAUUUGAAAACUUUUUGGCUGACCUUGUUAUGUCUAAGGAUGAAAAGGCUGCCAAAAGAUGGUUUUAUUAA